CAGGGCCUUUCUCCUGAAAGGCACCGCAUCAUCACCAUCCAUCCACCCAGGGCUGGUCGAGAGGCAGCAGUAGCAGGCAGCAAGCAGCAGCCCCGCAGUGGGUCACAUCAGGCACCUCCCUCCUCCCUCUCUCUCGCCUCAUGUCGCGCUGCAAAUCUGUCUCCACCAACACUCAGGAAAAGGAAAAUGGAGUAAGAAGAGAAGAGGAAUGUGGUAGCUUAUUGAGAACGAAUCUAGCUGUUAUUCACCAUGAACGCUGCUGUGUCUCCCAUGGCCUGUGAGGCUGUCUCGCCCAUGAUCACCUCCGUCACGCCCACCCUGGAGUCCAUCCCUAAGGAGGAGGAGGAGGCAGGCCUCAGCCCCAGCCAGGGUGGUCUCUGUGGGGAAGGUCUGGCCAAGGAGAGGGACCCGGCCCAGAGGUAUCAGAACAAAAAGCCCCCUCCCCUGCACACGGGGGCGGACUGGAAGGUGGUGCUGCACCUGCCUGAGAUCGAGACGUGGCUGAGGGCCACUACUGACAGGGUCCGGGACCUCACAUACUCUGUCCACCAGGACUCAGUCAACAAACACGUGGACGUGCAUCUAGUGCAGCUGAAGGACAUUUGCGAGGACAUCUCGGGCCAUGUAGAGCAGAUCCACGCGUUGCUGGAAACUGAAUUCUCCCUGAAGCUGCUGUCCUACUCUGUGAACAUCAUCGUAGACAUCCGCAGUGUCCAGCUGCUGUGGCACCAGCUCCGUGUCUCUGUCCUGGUACUGAAGGAGAGGCUGCUGCAGGGCCUCCAGGACUCCAACGGAAACUACACCCGACAGACAGACAUCCUCCAGGCCUUCUCCCAGGACCACGACCAGGCUCGCCUGGAUGCUCUGACCGAAGUGGACGACUGUGGCCAGCUGACCAUUAAGUGCAGUCAGGACUACUUCUCCCUGGACUGUGGCAUCACAGCCUACGAGCUCAGCGACUACAGCCCCAGUGAGGACCAGGAGGGUACCAGGGGACCAGGCCAGGGCCAGGAUCCCCGGUGUAGCUACCCCGAGCUGGAGAGAGACUUCCCAGAGCUCAUCCAGAGUGUGGAUCUGCUAACCAUCACGGUCAAGCAGAACCAGAACCAAGGGGUCGUCCCAGAGCAGGAGGAGGAGGAGCCAGGGACCUACAUAGAGAGACUGAGAGACACACUCUGUAGCGGAGGAGAGGACAACAAUCCUGCACCAGGACCCACAAUGCACUGCGGUGCGCCCCAGAACGAGAGCACUCUGCUCUCCAAGCGCCCACUCCAGGGCAGCGUGAGUAACGAGGUGUCCCCCACCCAGCCCUCCCUGCCUAAGAAGCCCAUGUACCUGGAGGGAGAGACUGAGACCAGCCUCAGCCUGAGGAGAUCCACACUGCCUUCCUCUCUUCAGUUCCAGGCAGACCUGAGCCGGAGCACCCCCUCCCUCCUGGACCCUCCGGACCGCUCCAAGUUCUGGCUGGAGCUGGACGCUGUGUACCCCAGCAACGCCAGCCAGUCCUACAACAGCCUGCAUGCAAUGAACGACAGGAACCUGCAGGCCAGCAGACAGAGCGAGGCUGGACGGUACCAGAGACAGGGGGGCCCUGCUGGAGCUCACAUCCCCCUGCAGAGGAGCUCCUCAGAGGCAGGGCGGGGAGGCCAUUUCCCCCAAGACAUCUCCCCCAUCCCCAUCCCCAUCCCCUUCUCAGGCACUGGGGAAUGCAACAGGGACAUGGAUGAUCCACAGACAGUCAGAGACACAGACAGCCCCCUACUUUCUCCCAUGAGGGGGCCCUUGGACCACGAAUCCCAUGACGAGGCCUCCAGCGAGGACUCCAGUCCCCUCACCAAAGCAGCCGACUGGAUCAUCCAGCGCCCGGGGCCCCAGGGGCCCAAGUUCCACCACCAAGCUCAAGCCUUAGCCGAAGCUAGCCCUAACCCCAGCGAGGAGCGGUGGUUCGGGUCAGAUGAGUUCUUGGCUCUGCCCGCACAGCUGAAGAAGACAGAGAUGCUGGCUAUGAAGCUGGAGACCCUGGCCAAGGCGCUGCCCCAGAGACCCGGCCACCAAGGACACCACGAGUCCAUCCAGGAUGUGGACGACUGGGAGCUGACUGAGGUCAACUCAGAUUGGGAGGGCGACGGCCCGGGAAGCCCCAACCCCACUGUGGGCCUCCAACAGCCCUACAAGAGGCCCUUCCGGGUGGGGAUGGGGCGUUUUUCGCCGACCUCGUCCAGCGACAUGGCUCCGUCCCUGGAUGAGAGCCUUGAGUCGGGCCCCCUCAGUGACCUACUGUCUGAGGACGAGGCCUGGAGCUCCGGGGAGAGUAGGAUGAGAGACAACAACAGGGGCUGGAGCUCCGGUGAGACCCGAGGGAGCUCUACUGGCUCCAGAAGGAGAGACAGCAACAGGUUACCGCUGCAGCCCACCACCACUACCAUGGCCCCCCACAUAGAGACACAGUGUAAACCCCUCAUCCAACAGUUACAGGAUGACAUCCAGCACCACGACAACCACCCAGACAUAUGGGGCAAGAUCGAGGUAAGGAGAGCCACAGCUUCUGUCACAAACAGUUUUACUGUGAGGAUGUUGUUGUUUCAAGCAUUGGUUAUUCUAGUACCUGACAUUUACAGUAGAUGGCUCCAACGUUCAUGUAUCCCCAACUAGAAAGUGUUGCUAAAU